AUGUUUUCGGUAUCAAAACUUCUGCCGCUCCGAAAGUUUGUUCCACGAUCGCCACGAUCGUUGUGGGGUUACGCUCGGGGUAUAAGGUUCUCCGGUACUCUGAAACAGCAUGAAGGGAUGACUGAAUCUCCCGUUAUAACGAAAACUGCUGAAAAAAGAGACCUCAUUCUAACCAUACUCAACUCUACAGCCACUAAACGAGAAGCUAGGUACUAUCUUCAAAGAUAUCCAUUAAUGGAGGAAAAUGACAUUUAUAAGAACAAGAAUGAGGUGAUUUAUGAUAGUCUUCCUAAUAGGCAGGCGUCCAAUAAUAAGAAGUAUGAGGCCUACAUUGAUGAUCUACUAAACACGGGUACCAGUCAAUCUGAUGCUAAGUUUGAAUCCGGCUACGGCGGAAGUUUGGAUGACACGGUUGGUGAUGAAAUGCAGCUGACUGAUACCAUCAGAGUUAUGCUAGUGAGAAUCAGAAACCUCGAUGGACUAUCCGAUUCAAUAGUUAAGGGUAUAGGUGCGACAUUAAGCAAAUGUAUGAAACUUGGAGCUUCUCCGAUUAUAGUUCUGGAUACCCCUGCUGAAAGCGACUGCAGUUCGGGCGAGCCAAUCGCAAUGGUUAUUAAGAGCAUGAACGAGAGGUGUAGCAGGCUAAUUGCUCUUUUAGAAUCAAGCUGCGACCUUCAGAUGAGAGCGAUACCAGGGCUUUUUCAAUUGGAUUCUCAAGGAAAUGCUAAAUUUGUGAUGCAGGAACUCGCUAUGGUUCCCCUAUUUCAAGGUAUGAUACCUGUGCUAACAACCUGGGUAGUAGAUAAAAGAACCAGUACGGAAAGAAAAGUCACAUCUCUGGAUAUCAUGAAGUACGCCAUUCAAUCGUUUGGCUUGAUAGAUCACAGAUACAAAGCUGAACAUAAUAACAACACUACUGAUUUCGUCAGCGUGGAAAAAAUCGUGUUCAUUGACGAGUUGGGUGGUAUCCCUUCUCUAGAGCGGUACGAAUCAAGUCACGUUCUUAUUAACCUCUUGCAAGAGCACGAUUCUGUUAAGAGGGAGCUUGAACAAUGUCUAUUGACUGAUUCGCAAAGGGAAAUUCAUAGAGGCAAUUUUGAUGAAAUGAACGAACUACUUUCUAUGGUGCCCCAUGCUACCGGGAUCAUUACAACCCCGAAAAUAGCCACUUUGCGUAGACUCAGAAGAACCACAAAUCCAAUUAUUUUGAAUAUAUUGACUGAUAGACCUACAAUUUCGUCUUCUUUGCCAGUUGACUUAAAAAAGACUCCCUUAUUAAAUACUACCAUUAUCAAAAGAGGUAUCCCAAUACAGAUUCAUAUCUCAAAAGGGUCCGAUCAAGGUUUAGAUUUGUUGGAGCUUGAUAGUAAAGGAAUAAUAGAUUUGGGUAAGCUGAAACGUCUAAUCGAUGACUCUUUUGGAAGAACCUUGGAUAUGACCCACUACUUGAACAGAAUCAAUAACCACGUUGCAGGACUUAUCAUCGCCGGUGAUUAUGAAGGAGGUGCUAUAUUGUCUUGGGAGAAGUGUCCUACAGAUCCCUCUAGAACUGUGGUCUAUUUGGAUAAAUUUGCGGUGCUGAAAAGGCUUCAAGGGCUUCCGGGAUUGGCGGAUAUAGUCUUCAAAGCGAUGUUAGUGAAUUUCAAGGAUGAGCUGAUUUGGAGGUCCCGAACAAACAAUCCCGUUAAUAAGUGGUACUUUGACCGGUCAAGGGUCAAUUACUGUAUCCCAGGUACUCACUGGAGAAUGUUUUAUUCCGGAAAUAAGGCACCUAAUGAAAAAGACUUCAGAGACUAUACCAGUAUUUGUGCGGGUAUUAAGCCAUCCUUUAAGUAA